UCUCUCUGUAUCACUGCAGAGCCGAGCUGCAGGGGCAGCAGAGCCAGAAAGAAGAGAGAGCUCCAACUCCCGACCCGUAAGACAGACAGACAAGGCAACCAAGAAGGCAGGCAGGCAGGCAGACAUACAGUCGGACCAGAGUGGAUGAGCGCAGAGAAACCAGUAUCCGGAUGAGACAGGACGCCGUGGCUUCUGUUAAAAGGGGGACUGUAUUUCUGCGUGGAAUAACCGACAACCCUUUGGGAGAUUUAACCCCGCGAUACCCGUGAUGGAAUACCCACACUCUUUCCAUUGCCUAAUUUUACUCUUCUUUUUCUUCUCAUCCUCCUCUUCCUUCUUCUUCUCCAUCACCUCCACCUCCUCUUCUCUUCCAUCCACUCACAUUUUGACACGCUGUUGAAGAUGCGCACGAAUGCGUCUUUUGCGCACUUGCAUUGCGACCGCCACUGACAGCGCUUGAGAUUUUGUUUAUUAUUUUUCGUUUUUACAAGAAAACAAAGGGGGAGGACGAUAGGUUGGAUACCUGAGCAAAAAGGAGGUUGUGAAUUAAAUCCAACUCGGCGGUGCUGGUUUCGUGUUUCUCGUCUAUAGGGCCCGGAUGUACCGAGGGAUGCACCGGUGCGUUUUUCCAACCGGUUCCGCCGAAAGCUCCCUCUUUUUUGUCGCCUUCACCUCCAUCAUGGGAAUUAGGUAAUAUUCACUCCAUCCAAAGAAACUCCCAUAAACACAAACAACGGGAAUACCCCCCUAAAAACUGUCCGUAUCAGACAGUUGGUAUUUCUCCCUCUUCCCCUCCUCUUUUUUGAUUUCUUUAUUUUUGGGGGGGCUUGUUAUUUUCCCCUCUCUUUCCAUUCACCUAUAAGGAUAACGCCGGACUACAUUUAUGGUAAAUGAAAGCAAAAACAUGUACAUCCCGGAGGACACCCUUGAGAACCAUCAAGGCUCCGACUACUCACCCCCUCCCCUUCCCCGGCCUCCUCCCGUUGGCUUGACGAAUGAGCACAGAGGUGGCAGUAGCCAUGGUGACCACAGUGGCGGGGGAGGAGGGGUCAACCGUGGGGUGGGUGUGGUUGGCCUUGCACCGGAGCACAUUCCCACCCCAGGAGCAGCCCUAAGCUGGCAGGCGGCCAUCGACGCUGCACGACAGGCGAAGAUGAUGGGCAACGCUGCAUCAGGCGGAGGGGCGGGACUUGGGUCGGGUGGGGGCGGCCCCAUUUCUACAGCCAGCUCCACCCAAAGGAAGAGACAACACUACGCUUCUAAACCCAAAAAACAGACCACAACGACAGCCACAAGGCCGCCACGAGCCCUGCUUUGUCUCACACUCAAGAACCCCAUCCGCCGGGCAUGCAUCAGCAUCGUAGAGUGGAAACCAUUUGAGAUCAUCAUCCUGAUGACCAUCUUUGCUAAUUGUGUGGCCUUAGCCGUCUACAUCCCCUUCCCUGAGGAUGACUCAAAUGCCACCAACUCCAACCUGGAGCGUGUGGAGUACCUGUUCCUUAUCAUUUUUACUGUGGAGGCAUUCCUCAAGGUAAUAGCUUAUGGCCUGCUCUUCCACCCAAACGCCUACCUGAGGAAUGGCUGGAAUCUUCUUGACUUCAUCAUUGUAGUAGUAGGGUUAUUCAGUGCGAUUUUGGAGCAGGCCACAAAGGGAGAUGGGGCCACUCCGAUUGGAGGGAAGGCUGCAGGCUUCGAUGUCAAGGCUCUGCGGGCAUUCAGAGUGCUAAGACCGCUAAGACUGGUCUCUGGAGUACCCAGUUUACAGGUUGUGUUGAACUCCAUAAUCAAAGCCAUGGUUCCUCUGCUCCACAUUGCCCUCCUGGUCCUCUUUGUCAUCAUCAUCUACGCCAUCAUUGGCCUGGAGCUCUUCAUGGGCAAGAUGCACAAGACCUGCGUUCACAACCAUUCAGGCACAAAUGCAGAGGAAAAACCAGCACCAUGUGCACCUGACGGGGCUUAUGGUCGACACUGCAUGCAGAACGGAACAAUCUGCCAAGUGGGUUGGGAAGGCCCAAAUGAUGGUAUCACCAACUUUGACAACUUUGCCUUUGCCAUGCUGACUGUAUUCCAGUGUAUAACCAUGGAAGGAUGGACGGACGUGCUGUACUGGAUGCAGGAUGCUAUGGGCUAUGAGCUGCCAUGGGUCUAUUUUGUCUCUCUCGUCAUCUUCGGCUCCUUUUUCGUUCUCAACCUCGUUCUGGGUGUGUUGAGCGGAGAGUUUUCCAAGGAAAGAGAGAAGGCCAAGGCACGCGGGGACUUUCAGAAACUACGAGAAAAACAGCAACUGGAGGAGGACCUUAAGGGCUAUUUAGACUGGAUCACUCAGGCUGAAGACAUUGACCCAGAGAAUGAAGAGGAGGGCUUGGACGAUGACAAACCCAGAAACCGUAAAGGUCGUCAUUUUCUCUCUCUGCGUGGAGCUGUGAAGAAAAAUGCGGCUUUCCUUCGUAAGGCGUUGAGCAUGCCUGCUAGUGAAAACGAAUCAGUCAACACAGAUAACGCCCCCGGGGGAGACGUGGAGGGGGAGACCUGCUGCACCAGGCUGGCAAUUAGGAUCUCCAAAUCCAAGUUCAGUCGCUACUCUCGAAGGUGGAACAGGUUGUUUCGGAGGAAGUGUCGAGCAGCGGUCAAGUCGCAGGUUUUCUACUGGCUGGUCAUCUUCCUGGUUUUCCUCAACACCCUGACCAUUGCAUCUGAACAUCACAAGCAGCCUCAGUGGCUAACAGAUGUACAAGAUAUAGCAAAUAAAGUAUUACUAGCGCUCUUCACUGGUGAGAUGCUGCUAAAGAUGUAUAGUCUUGGCUUACAGGCGUACUUCGUGUCACUCUUCAACAGGUUCGACAGCUUCGUAGUGUGCGGAGGAAUACUAGAGACCAUUCUAGUUGAAACAAAGAUCAUGUCUCCUCUUGGCAUCUCUGUGUUACGCUGCGUACGCCUUUUGAGAAUAUUUAAAAUAACGAGAUAUUGGAACUCUCUGUCCAACCUGGUGGCCUCCCUACUCAAUUCGGUUCGAUCCAUCGCCUCCCUGCUGCUCCUGCUCUUCCUCUUCAUCAUCAUCUUCUCCCUGCUGGGCAUGCAGCUCUUUGGGGGGAAAUUCAACUUUGACGACACCAGACGCAGCACCUUUGACAACUUUCCGCAGUCUCUGCUCACUGUGUUUCAGAUUCUAACAGGAGAGGACUGGAACUCUGUGAUGUAUGAUGGCAUCAUGGCGUACGGCGGCCCGUCUUUUCCCGGCAUGCUGGUCUGCAUCUACUUCAUCAUCCUUUUCAUCUGUGGAAACUACAUCCUACUGAAUGUCUUCUUGGCCAUCGCUGUUGACAAUCUAGCAGAUGCUGAGAGUCUGACAUCAGCUCAGAAAGAAGAGGAAGAGGCAAAGGAGAGGAAAAAACUGGCCAGGCUUGCCAGUCCAGAGAAGCGUCAGGACAACGAGAAGCCACCAAUAGAGGAAAAGAAGAGUGAGAAGAUUGAACUGAAGUCUAUCACUUCUGAUGGGGAGACUAACACUGCUACUAAGAUGAAUAUGGAUGACUGCUGUGGAGAAGAAAAUGAAGAGAAGAACCCAUAUCCUGCAAAUGAUUACAUAGGAGAUGAGGAUGAGGAUGAGCCAGAGAUGCCAGUGGGCCCGAGGCCGCGGCCGCUCUCUGACAUACAGCUAAAAGAGAAGGCUGUUCCCAUGCCCGAGGCCCGUGCCUUCUUUAUCUUCAGCCACACCAACAAAUUCAGGGUUCUGUGCCACAAGAUCGUUAACCACAACAUCUUCACCAACCUCAUCCUAUUCUUCAUCUUGCUCAGCAGCAUCAGUCUAGCAGCAGAGGAUCCAGUCAAGAACGACUCCUUCAGAAAUCAGAUCCUGGGCUAUGCAGAUCACGUCUUCACUGGACUCUUUACCAUUGAGAUCAUUCUUAAGAUGACAGCCUAUGGAGCCUUCCUCCAUAAAGGUUCAUUCUGUAGAAACUAUUUCAACAUCCUAGACUUAGUAGUGGUCAGCGUUUCUCUCAUAUCUUCUGGAAUACAGUCCAGUGCAAUUAAUGUUGUAAAGAUCCUGAGAGUCCUAAGAGUGCUGAGACCGCUGAGAGCCAUCAACAGAGCCAAAGGACUAAAGCAUGUUGUGCAGUGCGUUUUUGUGGCCAUCAGGACCAUCGGCAACAUCGUCAUCGUCACCACAUUGCUCCAGUUCAUGUUUGCCUGUAUUGGCGUGCAACUAUUUAAGGGCAAGUUCUUCUACUGUACUGACAGCUCCAAACAGACUCAGGCAGAGUGCAGAGGCUCCUACAUCAUGUAUAAAGAUGGCGAUGUGGGGAAACCAGAAAAAUCCCUGAGAAUCUGGGAGAACAGUGAUUUUAACUUUGAUGAUGUCCUACAGGGAAUGAUGGCUUUGUUUGCUGUGUCUACUUUUGAGGGCUGGCCAGGGUUACUGUAUCGAGCCAUAGACUCUCACGCUGAGGAUGUUGGUCCAAUCUACAACUACCGUGUGGUCAUCUCUAUCUUUUUCAUCAUCUACAUCAUCAUCAUCGCUUUUUUCAUGAUGAACAUUUUCGUCGGUUUCGUCAUCGUCACAUUCCAGGAGCAAGGAGAGCAGGAGUAUAAAAACUGUGAGCUGGACAAGAACCAGCGUCAGUGUGUGGAAUACGCCCUGAAGGCUCGACCUCUGCGUCGCUAUAUCCCCAAGAACCCUUACCAGUACAAGGUGUGGUUUGUGGUCAACUCCACCUACUUCGAGUACCUGAUGUUCACACUCAUCCUUCUCAACACCAUCUGUCUGGCCAUGCAGCAUCAUGGGCAGACCAUAAAUUUCAAUGAUGCAAUGAACAUCCUCAACAUGCUCUUCACAGGACUGUUCACAGUAGAGAUGAUCCUAAAACUAAUUGCCUUCAAGCCCAGGGGGUACUUUAGUGAUCCCUGGAAUGUGUUUGAUUUCCUCAUCGUAAUUGGCAGCAUAAUAGACGUCAUUCUCAGUGAGAUCAACCCAGCUGACUCGUCCUCCUCCUCCUCUUCGUCCUCCUCUUCCUCUUCUUCCUCCUCUCACCCCCAUGUGGUAAGGCCAAUGGGACUUCAGAAUUCUGAAGAGAACGCCAGGAUCUCCAUCACCUUCUUCCGGCUGUUCCGCGUGAUGAGGCUGGUGAAGCUGCUAUCUCGCGGGGAAGGGAUUCGGACCCUGCUGUGGACCUUCAUCAAAUCCUUCCAAGCUCUGCCCUAUGUAGCUCUGCUUAUAGUGAUGCUCUUCUUCAUAUACGCCGUCAUCGGCAUGCAGAUGUUUGGUAAGAUAGCGCUGCGGGACCACACGCAAAUCAACAGGAAUAACAAUUUCCAGACGUUCCCUCAGGCAGUGCUGCUGCUCUUCAGAUGUGCGACGGGUGAGGCGUGGCAAGAGAUCAUGCUGGCAUGUUCACCUAAUCGACCGUGCGAGAAAGGCUCAACCAAUGAAAACAGCACAACCCAUGAGGAUUGUGGCAGCCAGUUUGCCAUCAUUUACUUUGUCAGCUUUUACAUGUUGUGUGCCUUUCUGAUCAUCAACCUCUUUGUGGCUGUAAUCAUGGACAACUUUGACUAUCUGACCCGCGACUGGUCAAUUCUGGGGCCGCAUCAUCUUGAUGAGUUUAAGAGGAUCUGGGCUGAAUAUGACCCAGAGGCUAAGGGGAGGAUAAAACAUCUCGACGUGGUCACUUUGCUCCGGAGAAUUCAGCCUCCCCUUGGUUUCGGGAAGCUCUGCCCACACAGGGUGGCGUGCAAGCGCCUGGUGUCAAUGAAUAUGCCCCUGAACAGCGAUGGAACCGUUAUGUUCAAUGCCACACUGUUUGCUUUGGUCAGAACUGCACUCAGGAUCAAGACAGAAGGUAAUCUGGAGCAGGCUAAUGAGGAGCUAAGAGCAAUUGUGAAAAAGAUCUGGAAGAGAACAAGCAUGAAGCUCUUGGAUCAAGUAGUGCCCCCUGCUGGUGAUGAUGAAGUAACAGUCGGAAAGUUCUACGCCACCUUCCUCAUCCAGGAGUAUUUUCGCAAGUUUAAGAAAAGGAAAGAACAAGGACUAGUCGCCAAGGUGCCCCCCAAAACUGCCCUUUCUUUGCAGGCGGGCCUGCGGACAUUGCACGACAUCGGUCCAGAGAUUAGAAGGGCCAUCUCCGGAGACUUGAACGUGGAGGAGGAGAUGGACAAAGGCAUGAAGGAAUCCGUGUCAGCUGCAUCUGAGGACGAUAUCUUCAGGGUAAAGCGUACAGGUGGCUUGUUUGGCAACCACGUUAACUACUACAACCAGAGUGACGGGCGUGGGUCCUUCCCACAGUCCUUCACCACUCAGCGUCCCUUGCACAUCAGCCAGAAGGGCUCUCCAUGUGAAGGUGAAAGCCCAUCCCAUGAGAAGCUGAUGGACUCGAACACCUUCACCCCUUCAUCUUACUCCUCAUCAGGUUCAAACGCCAAUAUCAACAAUGCCAACAACACUGGAAUGACCGGAGUGACAACCCAGGGCAUCAGCCGAUUGCCAAGCCCGUCCAUAAGCACCGUGGACGGGCACACAGGCCAGCCACUCACACCCAUCCUGCUGCCAAAAUCAGCAUGGUGCUUCCCUCCAAAAAGGAUGUUUUAUGACACCCUCAUGCGCUCGGACUCGAGUGACAGUCGUCUGCCAAUCAUCCAGAGAGGGGAGGGGUCAACAGAGGAGACGUACGAUGAGAGUUAUGGUGACGACAGGGAGUACCAGGAUGAUGAGCACUCACUUUCCUCUGACAUGUUGGUGUAUCACGAUGAAACAUGUAAACAGCUGACUCCCAUGGAGGAAGCAGAAGUAGAGGAGCAAAGAGGAGGGGGAGGAGGGUGGCAGUCUCCACGAAGAGUCUUCCUCUGUCCAACAACUCUGGGAAGGAGAUCUUCUUUCCAUCUGGAGUGUCUCCGGAGACAGUCAAGGCCAGAUGUCUCCCAGAAGACUGCUGUACCCUUACACCUAGUACAUCACCAGGCUCUGGCAGUGGCAGGAUUGAGUCCCCUUUUGAGAAGGAGUCACUCACCUACCCUCUUCAGCCGGCUGUGUUCCACACCUCCAGCCAGCCCCACAGCCCAAUGCAGUGAUGCCUCCUAUCAGCGAGUCCCCUCUCUGAGGCUAGAGGGCUCUAAUUCUCAUGAAAAGCUCAAUACCAGCUUGCCUUCUGUCAAUUGUGGGCCCUGGUACAGUGACAGUAAUGGGAACAGCCCAGUGGCGAGUCCUAGCCCCACGUGGGUGUCCAGUCAAAGAUCACCACGGCCGGUGUCACUCACUGUGCCAUCGCUUUUGGGGAAGGACCCCAGCUCACUGUCUCAUGGCAGUGCAGGCAGUCUGGUGGAAGCUGUUCUCAUAUCAGAAGGUUUGGGUCAUUUUGCCCAGGACCCUUUGUUCAUUGAGGCAACCAAAGCCGAGUUGGCUGAUGCUUGCGACAUGACCAUUGAGGAGAUGGAGCACGCAGCCAGCAACAUUCUUAACGGCAACACAGCCACACACCCCACAUCCAGUACCUCUUCCACCUCUCAGCACAGCCCGAACGGCAGCCUCCCCUGCCACAAUGCAGCGGCAGCAGCUGCAACGCACAGGAACCCAGUUGUUGGCUUGAUUCCUUGUGACGCUGGGGCAGAGGCUGGAGGAGGCAGGGGCUACAUCCAUGGUCCAUCCUCUACAGAGGAGCGGCAGGAACUGCUAACUAGAGGGGGAGGGCGAGAAGAGGAGGAGGAAGAGGCAGAUGUGAGGGAAGAGAGGCCCCACAGAAGUUCAGCUGUGGUUGCAGGAGCGCAGCAGAAAAACAGCAGGCUUUUGGAGGAUGAAGAUUUGGAAUGUGUGACAAGCUUGUAGGUGCCACCUCAGCAGCUUUGAUCAGCAAACUACCCCUCUGGUGCCAUCAGACGCUGAGGUUUCUCCGUGCUGGCAAACAGUGCGUUGGCUGGUUAGCUCCCUCUGUCACUCUGGACAAUGGCGGCCAGCGAUGCACCUUUAACACAACAAGACUUUGUCCGGUCUAACUGAGUUAGUAUGUGCGUCUGCAGUAAAGUAUACCAGACUAUAUACUAUCUGAGUGUGUGCUUCUGUGUGUCUGUGUGUGUGUUUUUCUCUAUUUGUACUCGUAUGUGUGUGUUCACCACACAUGUCAGAGUGUGGCUCUAAAGUGCCUCACAGUUUUAUCAUGUCCUCAAUGUGGGAUGAGCAGGAAAAUGGAGACAAGCAAAAAAAAGAUGAAGGACAGACUGAACGGCAGAAAGAUCAAAGAAGCAGGAAGUCAUUUUAUGGACUUGCUACUAUUGAGAUCGUAUGUUAAUGUUUUCAUUUCUUAUGCCUAAUUUAGUGGUGUGUUAUUGUUGUUUGACUGGCCGCCAUAACGCCAGGUGGGGGACCAGAGACCAAGUCAUGGAGGGUCACUUGAGGAUUACCAUCUGACCACAGUCCACCUGUGGUCAAAGGUCGACUCCUUCUUCGCUCAACGAUGAUGAAGCGCUGUAUUGUGUAAAACAGGGGUGAGAAUUCCCUGUUUAAAUCUCAUUUCUCCUUCUCUUCCAAAGCUUUUGGAAGCUGGAGCAACAGCCCUGCCAGCCUGAGAGUGAAUUUAGGGUGACGCAUCAACCCCGGCCAGGUGUGGGAGGGAGGAUUGAAGGGAUGAUUCAACAGCCAGAACAGGGCUGUUACAGAAAGGGUGGAAGUGUCUUGGCCAACAGAGAGCUAGCAGGCACUUUUUUCUCAGCUGGUCAGUAAGAGUGCAGCGUGAGACAAACUCACCUCGACGUAGCUCCACCCCAUCCACCCUUUUCCUCGUUUGUUUGCCCCAAACAGGAAACGAGAGGAGUGACCGGAGACAGAAAGCCCCCCUUUCUCUGCCUCAUACCUCACUGUUCCUCACUCCAUUUUCUAUCCUUCCUCCCUCUCUUUGCAAUCCUACUACCACACAACCCUUAUUGCUGGAUUUCUUUGUGUUGUUCAGCAUUUGGGGAGGCAUAUGUUUGUCAUGCAGGGUGACCAAGAUGGUAGAGUGGAGGAGAGAACAGGAGUGAUCGAUUGCAAAGAAAGAAAAAACAGACCCUGGUCAUGGGGGGGGGGGGUCCGCAACAGAUCUGGCGUCAAUCAACCUCACUUCCCUCUCCAGGGCACCUCCUCUUCUUGUCAACUUGGAAUCCUGUCAGAUUUGCUGCCACACACUCUUUCUACAGACCGCGCCCACUAUGUAUUUAACAGUUCAAUAUUGUGCAAAACUUGCUAGCCAUGACAAUAUUUUGUUUUAUAUUCAUGACUAUUGUUUUAAUUUAUCUUUGAUUUAUUUGCACAAUCGGGGUGCUGGUCCCAUAAAUGUAUUUUUGCUCAGUUUAUUUUUAGGAAAACUUUUUUUAGAGGUUUUAAGUAUCGAAGCAGGGCGUAGUGUGUGUGUUCGAGUGCAAAACUAUAAAUGUGCGUGCAUAUGCGUGUCUGCGUUUUAGUACAACUUAUGAGUGUGUGAGACAGUGUGUGUGUGGGGGGGUCUUUCUCUCUAUCUGUAUGCACCUUUUACAGAUUCUAUUUAUUUAUUUAUUUUUUCCAGAAGAGAAAAUCUGUGGGAAUAUGUGUGUGUGUGUGCGUGUCUGGUUUCCUGUAUACUAUAAAAAGCUGAUUUUAAGCCAAUACAGUAAAUUAAGGUAGCAUUACAAGUAUGUUUUAUGUGUGCGAGAGAGGUGUCUGUGUAGUAAUGGGCCUCCUUAACACAGGGUUACAGCAAACAGGUCAUAGGUAGAGUGAGUUCUGCAGUCAGGUCAGACUAAGGAUUAAUAACUGUAUUGUAUUUGGCCAAAGGCUAGGAAGCCUUUUUACUUAGGGAUGUCCAGAUCCGGAAUAUUUGCCUCCAAUAAACAAUACAAAAUAUUUCAGAAUAGACAUUUGCCAAAACGGGAUCACAGUCCAAUAGUACAUUAAGACUGAUGUCAUGUAUAUGCCUAAAAGACAGUCAUUUAUGAUUAAUUAUGAUUAAUCGCAUUUUAAAAAAUAGCCUAAAACAAUGUGCAAAUAGAAAAAGAUCAAGAACAGACGGGAAACAUUAGUCAUUAGUCAUCAUUGACAUCUAUCAGUCUAAAGAGGAUUACAUUUCCAAGUCAUUUCCAGACUCCAGAAAACCACCAGGGGAGCCAUUAUCCACAAAUGAGGAAAACACAGAACAGUGAUGAAUCUUUCCAGGAGUGGCAGGAGAAAUUAUCAUUUAUAAAACGGCAUUUUGUAUUCACUCAGGUAAUCUUUUUUAGUGAUAUUAACGUUUUUUUGGUAAUCUGAAACAUUUAAUGUGGCAAAAAAAGCAAAAGCAGAUUAAAUCUGUAAGGAGUACUUGACACAACCCACUUCUGUAUUGAUUUAAAAUGGCAGAAAUACAAUUCAGUAUUGUAGGGCAUGUGUGGCAACUUAAUUUAACUUACCAAUGACACUUGAGACACAAUGUUAGCAGGGUCUAUUUUUCUUGACAGCAACAGAUAUUUCGUCUCUAAAAGCGUUUCUGCAGAACCAUCUUAUGUUUUCAAGAUAUUUCUGACUUGGCACAUACAGAUACAGUCUUCAGUAAGCUCACAUGUUGCUUAUGCUUAUGUUUUCUUGUAGAACAGAUUACUGUAGUGCUAAGUUGUUGCUAGCAGGUUUACUCUGUUUUGUUAAGAUUUGUUUAUAAUGUGGCUCCGGUUAAUUGUCUCUGGACUAGACUUUCAUAAAUUUUGCACUCUGAUUAGGACAUCUAAAUUCUACCAUAUUGGAAAAGGUGAAAAAACACAUUUUAUUUAGAUAAACAAAAUAAAUUGCAUUGUCCACAAUAGUAGUUUUGCAAGCCAUGUGAUACAAAAAUAGGCGGUAAAUUUUAGUAGGCUGUGCAAAAACAGUACGGUAAAAUGACUGGUCUCAGGAGUUGAAUUCAGUGCUCGGACUCGGGACAUUCCUAAUUAUAACAGUUGCACUUGACCUUAUUCAUAAUUUCUGAACAACAGAAACGUUGAAAUUUUUACUGCCACAGUGACCCAUCCAUGAAUAAUUAGGGCUGUUGCCCAGAUGCUGCAAGACUUCUUAAUAAAACCUUUGUUUGAGACCCAUAUCAAAAAUGUUUAUUCACUAACACACAAUAGAGAAACAUGGAUUUUCUGUGUGAUUUCAUUCACUGGUUAAAUUGGUUGCUGGAUAAAUUGUAAUAAAAGCUAGAGUCAUUUAUUUAGUAUGAUUGUGGUUGAGGAAAACUGGUAAAUUUGUCAGCUUGAAGGGUGAAACUGCUGUAAGAGUUCUUUCUGUCUCUUUGAAAACUAGGUAGCAGGCAAUUUUUUAUAUUAAAUUCACAUUUAUUAUUUAAUAGUAAUGUGGAUCUAUUUGAGACAAGGUCAUAGCAGGUUGUGCUUUGAGAUGCCUCUUUGAAAUGUUUUUUUAAUUAACACAACUUAGAGCUGUAAUUGCAAUUCUAAUGUAAGGAGAACAAAUUAAAAUAACUAAACUUUAGCUCAGACAUAAAUACAUCAACACACUUGAUUGAAACAGCUAAAGCUCAACCAAAGUAAUUCAUAUGUUUUUGUCAAAGUACUUUUGACAACAGUAGUUUUAAGUAAAUUCCAACAUGUUGCAGAAGCCUCUGCAGUCCAAUGGCCCAUUUUUCUAAAUAAAACUGAAAUAAAUAAUAUUUACAGCUCACACAGAAACAGCAUCAGAUAUCAACAUAUGCCUAAAGGUUUUUUUAUUUUUAUUUUUUGGAUUUUCCAUCACUGUUGAGCUCUACAUGUGAUGCAGAGCAGGUUUGUGGCAGCGAAGAGUAUGCAUAAACACACUGCCAUACACUACAUCCUGUGCCAGUAACCGACUUGUGUCAUUAUUAUGCAAUCUAAAUGUGAAUGUUGAGAGUGUUUAUAGCUGCAGUGCUGUUGUUUUGUGUUUUUAAUCAUAUUGUUACUCCUGGGGAAGUCUGUGUUCUAACCUUCCCAAACGUCUGCAGGAGUUUGUGGCUUCUGUAAAGCAUUUCUUUUAGUUUAUCUGAACACUUCCCAAUUGGCAACCCAAACUGAAAGGUCAUUUCUUGGCAGUUUGUUCAAUUAUGUUUUCAGCUGUUUCAACUGAAUGUCUAAAAGUUGGGGAUACCGAUUAGGACAUGGUUUGUUUGAAUCGAGAGCAGCAUUUGAAUUUAGAUAAAAGAAGCACUGUCAUCAUUGUCUUGAGGUUUCUAUUGUUUGGUUUAAAUAGAUUGAAAGAAUCUACUCUUAAAUAUUUAUACUUAUCUACUGAAAGAUCUGGAGACGGUCUCAAAUACAGAUGUUAUAUAUACUGUAAUUUAUUUUUGCUGAAAAAUCUUUCACUUCUUUUAUCCCAACAUAUGCACAGAGCAGCCUCGGCAUAUCAGAAGUGCCCCCACCAGGCUUGGUUUGUGUCUUUUUUUUUUUUACCAGUGUGAGAGAUUCAGAGCCUUGUGGCGUCCCUGUGUAAAGUCGAGCAGCACUGCCGUCAGCAUGACCGUUGAGGUGUUAUGUUGCAGUAUAACGAUAUGAGCAGGUGGAAACCUGCAAUCCACAAGAUAUGCAAAACAAUGCAAUAACUAUGACUGUGUACAAGGUUCCUGAAGUAAACAUGUGUGAAAGUCUAUCAUUAACUCAGUGGUUUCCACAUCUGAACAAAACCUAACAUACUUGAAAUCAGGUACUUUAUAGUGCAGUAUAGUUAUGUUGUAUUUAUCUGUCUUUCCCGCUGUAGGGUUUUGGUUGAGACAGUGAUCUGACACCAGUGUUUUUCCUGCAGCUUAAUUGCAAAAUAGUUUCUCACAGUUGAGUCACCAUGAAAAAAGUAUUUGUUGUUUCUGAAGAAGCAGCAAAAGCAGCUGGCUUCAGGUUCCUGUCUCAGGACCUUUUGGCUGCAUCUGUUUAUUGUGUUUUUGCUUUUUAGGUGUAUUUUUGAAUGAAUUAAGCUCUGUGGUUCAGCUUCAUCAGCGCUGAAUGAAGUUUGCAUGUUGAUUAGUUGUUUCAUACUCAUUAUGUAUCAUAUCACCUUUAUAAACAGUAGCAUUUUCUACCUAUAGUGCACAUAACAGUGAUUAACGACAGCAUUGGACUUUAAAGCGGCAGAGGGGAUAUCUGGAAGAUGAUUUUGCAUAUCUUGUGUCUCAUGGGCUCAUUUUAUACUUUCUGAUACUCAAGCCCAAGGUACAGACAUAUGUUAAAACAUGAGAACACAGAAGACAUCACCUCCCAAGCCCAACAAGGCAUUUCUUUAUAUUUUGCCUGUUGUUUUGUCUUUAAUACUUUCCUCUGCACACCAAUAGAAGAUUAACCAGUGAAAAAUGUUUCUAGUAAAAGGACCAAAACGCUGAUAUUGUCCUCAUAAAACACAGCAUUUUUAUUAGUCCUAUAGUAACUAUGUGGCUACAAUGACAAUUUGCAUGAUUAUUACAAGUAUUAUUAAUUUAAAGCAUCAAACAUUUUUUUCUGUUUUUUGCACCGGUUUUGCCCACCAAAUGAAAACGGUGGAUCUGUUACAUCAUUAAGCCAGUAUUUACUCCAGUGUGUCAUAAAUCACUUCUGUCGUAUACAUUUGGAGUAGCAGUGUGUCAGACUGAUACAGUAUGCUCUGUCCAUGCAUUAAUGACAAUUACUCCCUCUGCAGGCCAAAGUGAAAUAACAUGCUCAAAUGAAAGUCAAGGUCAGAAUGAUGACAAUCUAUUUGAUAGAUGAUGGCAAUGGAAAGGUUAUUUGGGAUAUGUAUUUGAGGGAAUGAUGAUUCAGUUCCAUUAUGGUAGGAUUUUUUGGGUGGUUAAAGUUUUAACAUGGUGAACUAUAUAUUAAAAUAACAUUUUACGUGCAUGAGGUUCUCUCUCGUUUAGAGGUAUAAGGUAUUGGUCCUAUAUAGCUGAUUAUAUCUUUUGUCUCACCACUAGCUAAUGAUUGUAUAUUUUUAUACACUAUAUAUAUAUAUAUAGCAAACAUUUAUACAGAUACAAAUAUUUAAUCACCAGAAUGUUAAAAUAAGGAGCAGAAAAGGGACCUACGUGAGAAUAUAUUUGGGUUGGAUGUCUUCUUUAGGCCUAAUGAUAGAUGGAAGUCCCAACUUUGUUGACUGUAUUUUUAACCAAAAGUAAAACCUGAAAUAAUGUAGAAAAAUAUAACAUUGUUUAUUGUCACACCUGAUAAGAUUGCAAAGAGAUGCGAAGAUUUUCGGAACAUUUCCAGAAAUUUUGAAAAUGCUACAAAUUGGAAGAUUUUCAUGGGAAUUGAUUCUAAUAAAUAGGGAAUUAAUGGAUAAAAAUAAAAAAAACUGUUUUGCCAUAGCAUACAUACAUCAGACAUAUGCCCGUUAAACAUUAAUACCACACAUUAAACAGGUUUACCCAAUAAUAUAAUUAACACAGACUUCAUGUUAAGUAGUUCCAAGGACUCAAAUGUGGUACUAAUAUUCUGGUGGUCUGGGCUAAGACAUGUGGUCUUAAGGGUCCAGGGUUCUAGAAAUCAUCUGUGGAUGUAUUAGAAGAAUAUGUAAGGGGCUUAGCAUCAUUCCUCCCUGCAGUAUGAAAUAUGAUUGUUUCAGGCAAGAUUCUGCUAAAAAUUUAUAUUUUCCAAAACUAAAUAAAAAAAUUCCUGUUAAGAGCCAACCGUUGGUAGUUAAAAUUUUAGCUUCAUUCCCAUUAUUUCUCAUAAAAUCCUGCUAAUUCCCAUGGAGAGUUUCCAACUUUGAAAAUUCUUGAAAUAUUGCAACUACAUUGUGUAUAAUUUUUACAUAAAAUAUGAAACAGGAGGCCCUCUGUUUAAAUGUUAGACAUCAGGGGAUUUUUGCAAGACAAAUGACAAAUACUCGUCUAUUUUAAUCAGCCAACAUAUUUCAAAUCUAACAUGCUUUUGCUUGCAUUUGUCUUCAAUACGUCAACCUACCAGGAGCCUGUCCGCACAGGUCAGGGUCUGCUCAUAAACUCCAACUGUAGCACUGAGAGACGCGCCUCUCUCCAAGUAGUCUCACAUCAGCAAAACACAUAUUAUACUAGCAACAAACCAAAAAAAUCAACCUCUAAAAGGACUAGAUUUCCAUAUAUUGUGAAUCAUAAUUGUGUAGCUUCUAUGCUUAUCCUCCAAGGUGAAUUUGGAGGACUUGAACUACAUCUGUAUAGAUUUUUACCUGCAUUUUUUUGCAGUCUAGAAAGCAACAUACAUGUGGGUUAAUGUCUGGCUAGUUCAUUUUAGCAAUAUUAUACUAUUGCUACUUUUUACACUAUAGGUUCCAGACGUAGAAUCAGAAUAAAUGGCCAUUUAUUUCAAAGGUGUUAAAAGGAUUUUUUCUGUUUAUUGAACAUGUUGGAUUUAACCCUAGAUUUGAAGCUGAUUUUCUUUUGGCAAAGUUGAUCUGAAUCUAGCCAUAUUUCUGUGGCAGACGGACGGACUGAGAGUUUUAAUGAUGAUAGUGGAAAGCUGCUGUGUAUUAUUUAAAAACACAUAAAAUCUUAAAGUAUUACAGAGUUUUCCAUUUUUACAAGCUUGAGGCUGGGAGAGAAUUUUCCUCACAUUUCUUCAUGUGGAUCUACCAUUGUUUGCAACAGAAGCGCUUUAUAUUUUUCUUGUAAAUCAAAGUCUUUGUUGUUCAUGGUAAAUCAUGACAACAUAUUUUAAGAUUGCUAUUUUGAAUAGAGAUUUUAUUAUCUUUUCUAGGUAAAGUUAGCAUAGCCUGUUGAUGAAGAAAUCUAAUUAGAACACCGAUUCUCCUUUUGCUGGAGGCCAAAAAGAAACAUCUGUGUGUUGUUUGCUGUACAGUUAUUUUGAUUGUGUUAUUGAUAAAGCAGACAAAAAGAGGACAGAAAGUAAAAGAUGGGGUAUAUUAAUAUAUAUAAACGGUUUUAAUGAAAUUGAUGUAUUUUAGAUAUUAAAUUAUAGAAAUAUAUGAAAUUAUAAAAUGUAAAAGGGCAGUUUGCUGCAGGAUGCUACAUUUUGUUGUAUGAUUUUGAUGUUUAAAUUAAAAAAAAAACAUCAGGUUUUCAGAUCCCGGGUUGUGAGAGUUUGGGAAUUCUGCAGAUGUUGGCCUUUUUUAUUUUUGACCUAGAGGACAGUUCUUUUCCUGGUUUUAUCACUAACAUGAGGCUUCCAUUCAAUUGACAGAUAAACACUGAUAAGUUUAUUUUCUGCAACAACAUUUUGUUACAAGUCGUUGCUUGUGCAAAAAAUGUAAUCUUAAAUACGUGUUUAUUGAUCAUGUGGAAGUACAGCUGAAAGCAGUGCAGGAUGCUGCCAAAACUGUACUGGGAUGAUGUUUGGAAGGUAUGUCAGAGUAACACAUAUACAUAAACACGGUUAAUCUACAAUUUGUUGAAGUAUAUUGUUUUUUGGGGGGAGGGUGGGGUUUGUCAAUGUGCUAAUUCUUUACUGAGCAUAUCAGAAGUUGGUGGUGAUGAGCUGCCAGCAUCCUUUUACUCUGGAGGCAACAGAAGAGAUUUGCUUGUACUGUAGGAUUAAAGCAGCAUGCAGAAUAACUAUGUAUAAAUCACUCAUUGUGUAGCACCAAAUACAUCAGCACCUUUAUUUCAAUACUUAGGAUGACUGUUUUAAUGGGUCCUGGAAAGCAUUGUGCUUCUCCCUUUGAUUUCGUUUUUUACAUUUAUGCAAAACUUUAAGUAAACCCCACAGGUCUGGCACCAAGACUGCUUUUUUUGGAGAUUAAUUCCACACAGAGACUCCCUUUUAUUUAUAACAUUGAAUACAACACAGUGUCUGUGUAAUGCAGAUCAAUGAAUUAGACCACAGAGGCAUGAGAGCAGCUUAGUUCUCAUCCUCAUUAGAAUUGAAUGUUUCUGCUUGUAUUUGUCUCUCACUGCUGAUUUUACACAUAAGAGCUAAUUUAUGUUGCACCAAAAAUAACAAAAAAAAUCAACAAAAGUAUCCAUUGAAUGUAGGAGACGGUGAUGAUCUUGCUGUAAAGGUUUUGGGUGAGGAAACAGUAUUUUAUAGCCAAUUAUCUUAACCCCCAAAGUCAAAGAAGGAUUAAAGUAUUGUUGUCACUUAGGUCUCUGUAGGUGCUUUUCUUCUUUAGAGCACCGAGUCAGAAACAUAUAUGCCUUGUGUGUCUUGUGAGAAAAUGCAGCUUUAUCAGUGUUUUCAUUGAGUCAUCUUCAGCAGCACGAGAUCCAGAGCUCCAUAUAAGGUAAAUGUUAAGAAAAGCCCUUUUUUAUUCCUUCAUCACCCGAGUGAAUUGCAGAGGUGCGCGGGUCUGCUCUCCUGUCAGCAGUGUCUUAUAGUCUUAUUUGUGUAUUCAGUCACUACUCAUGCAAAGCGUUAAAGGGCAAUUACUGAUAGGACUGAGGAGUUUGCUUUUUAUUCAUCUGAAAGAUGUUUAGCAUCAAUCUUUUUUUCUUUUGGAGGGAGGUGAUCACACUGAGACCAAUUUGUUGUAAUGUUAGUAAUGGCGCUACUGUUAAAUGUGAUAUUAACUUACAGCACUAUUUAUGGUCUAAAUAAUGAAUUACAGUAUGCUAUUGUGCUUGGUAGCUUUGGAGGCAGGUGGCCAUUUUUGUAGUCCUUGAACAUAAGCCACUCCCCCGUCACAGCAGGUGGAAUUCCAUUGGUAAUAAUUUUGAAAAGUGACACUGGCCCAACAUCAUUUAGGUUCCUUUAGUCACUUUCUCUUAGGGUUGACUGCAUGAUGUCUUAGUUUACACACUUUAUUUUCUUCUUCUCUUUCUUUUUUUCUAAAGAUAAAUUCUUUUUUUAUUCUGUCCAUUUAAUUUAGGCAUUAGAAAGGGAAAGAAUACAAAUUAAAUAAACCCGAAUAUUAAUUCAAUCACUUUUUCUACUCCUAUUUUCCAUAAAAAGUGAAGUGAAAAAAAAUUAAUAAAAAAGUUGAUUUGUAAAUAAGUUAUGUACAGUUUGUAUCUGUAACUUGUCAGUCUGUCAUUGGUGACAGAGUCUGUCUUGCUUAUAACGCACGCUACCAGUAAAUAAAAAAGGAAAAAGUAUAUUUAGACUGUAUGGUCCCUUGAAAGCAAGUUUUAAAUUAAUAUCUGAUGUAUAUUCCUGUAACAUUGCAUUUUUAUCUGAGGAAUGAUGUUAUUAAACAUUGCAAAUAAAUUGCAUUUCCUACA